AUGGCCGACUCGCCCCAAGCGCUGCACGACCGGCUCGAGAAGAGCGCAUUUGCGUUCGAAGUGCUCGAAGCCGCGUACCUCAAGCUCGCCAACGAGAACCGGUCGCUGAAAGAUGCGCUCACGACAGCAGAGCUCAAGCUGCUCGACCAACCGCCCCUCGUGGUGGCAACCGAGCCCGUCGAUCUCUCGUCGGCGUUGCUUCAAGAAGAGGUCCAAGCGCUGAGCGACCAAAUGGCAGCAUCUCAAGUCGUCAUACACGCGCAAGAAGCGUCCAUCGCGCGCCUCGAGGAAGCCGCGCAGGUUUAUGAAAUGGAGCUCCUCGACGUCCACAUGCAGCUCGAAAUGAAAACGCUGCACCGAACGCAGUCCAUGGCCGACGACCAAGGGCCGCUGACCUCACCUUUCUUUGCUGCGCUCCAAGCAACGGUGCAAGCAACGUCGCCAGCGCCCCCCCCAAGUGGCUACCAACACCGACGCGCGCAGUCGCUGACGCGGGCCCCGAUCCUCGACCGCGAGGCAAUGCACGAGGCGAGAGUCGACGCAGACCACUGGCAGCGCGUGGCGCAGCGAACGGCGCAGGAACUUUUGAGCGCACGGGAGGAGGUCGCUUGCCACGAACAAGUCGCCGCGUCGCUCCGCCACGUCAUCGAGCACCAAGCCACCGAGCACGCGCUCAUGACGGCAGCCCACCGCGAUGCGAUCCAGUCACUCAAGGAGAAGCUCGACUCGCAGCGCGCUCGGCUCGACGUGCUCAGCCCCAUGGAAGCGGCGCUCACGGCGGCCACAUCGCGGCUCCGGGUGCUGGAAGCCGCAGUCGCGACCGACAUUGUCACGCAGCUCAACGAGAAGAACCUCGCGCUGCAGUCGAUCCAAACCACGCUACGCCAGCACACGCUGCUCCUGCGCACGCGCGGCUGCCACGAGAAAUCCCUCGCCGCGCAGGUUGCGAUCUUUUGCAAUGACGUGGCAGCGCGUGUGCGCCAGCUCGUGCUCGAAACCGAGACGCUCAAAGACGCGAAGACAUCGCUCAUGGCGUCGUCUGAGGCGCAGCUCCAGCGCAUUAAAGAGCUCAAAGGCCAAGUGCAGGAUCGGGACGCGAUCUUGCGCGUGCUCCAAGUCCAAGUCCACCCGACACCUUCGUCGCACACACGGCCGCUCGAUACGCUUCGCGCCAGUCUGAGCUCGCCAAAGCUCCAGCGCGCGCCAACCGAGUGGCUCUAG